GCGAAACCUCACAAAUCUCCCGCGUCUUUCCAUACCAAACCUUCUCCUUAAUUUCUCCGCUGCCGCACACUCUUCUUUCCCCUCCCUGCCCUCCCUCCCUUCGCUUGACAAUGUUCCAUCCUAACCAACCCCACAUCUCUCCCGCCACACCCGGCGGGUCCACCGCCUCCAUCUCCUCCUCCUCCUUCGACUUCAACAACAAGCCACCCAAAAAACAACGAGGUAGUUACAACUGCGGCCGCUGUGGUCUCCCUAAAAAAGGCCACACCUGCCACCUUCCUCCUCAUCCUGCAACCGCUUCCACCACUCCAACUUCCGCUGACUCUUCCUCCGCCUCUACUUCCCGUCCACUCCCGCUGCCACGUCAGCAGUACUCCCAUUUACGUAGAGCGUUAUCGUUUGAUGAUAUUGACAUUAGAUGUGACUCUCCUGAGCCUGAAAUGGAUGAAUCGGAGUUAGAUCUGUUUGGUUCUGGUUCAGGAAGGUUACCAGCGAGUUGUAUGUGGGAGGUGCUUCGCAGGUUACCGCCUGCAGGACUUUUGGCGGCGGCUAGGGUUUGUAAGGGGUGGAGAGAUACGGCUAGGCGGCUUUGGAGAGCGGCGGAGGAGCUUAGGUUGAGAGUUCCCAUCAGAGCUCAGCUUGGCUUUGUUGGAUCAGUGUUGCAGAAAUGUCCUGGACUUGUUAGAUUAAGUCUUAGAAUGGAAAGUGACGUGGAUGCUACAAUGUUGGCUUGUAUUGCGUUCUCUUGCCCCAAUCUGGAGUGUAUGGAGAUUUCUACUUCUGACACUGCAGUCAAUCGAAUCUCCGGUGAUGAACUAAGCCGUUUUGUUGCUGAUAAACGUUGCCUUACAAGCCUUAAGAUGGAAGGGUGUUCUAAUCUAGGGGGUUUUGUUCUCUGUUCAUCGAGUCUGUCUACACUUUGGCUCUCAGAUCUUUAUUCUUUGUCUAAGACGGUCUUUAACUGUCCCAAUUUGAAAGAGGUCUCCCUUGAUUUCUCCCGCCAAGAUAAUGAUAACACUGACCUUAUUGUGAUGGUUGAUACUCUGGGAAGGAGUUGCUCUAAAUUACAAAAUAUACACAUUGCAUCAGUUCGGCUUUCUCAUGCUGCUGUACUAGCUCUUACAGCUGCAAACUUAAGGGGGCUGCGAAUGCUUUCUCUUGUUCUUGGAACAGAAAUCACAGAUGCAUCUGUUGCUGCCAUCACUUCAAGCUAUUCAAAGUUAGAAUUGCUUGACCUAAGUGGGUCUAGCAUUAGUGACAGUGGAAUUGGUAUGAUCUGCAAUGCUUUCCCUGGAACUUUGUCGAGACUCCUACUUGCUCUUUGUCCAAACAUAACUUCAAGUGGAAUUCAAUUUGCGACUGCUCAAUUGCCUCUUCUUGAACUUAUGGACUGUGGAAUGACCAUAUGUGACCCAAGUGGCCCAAGCUCUGAUGGAAGUGAAGAAGAUGAGUUGCGGACAUCUUUUAAGAGCAAAUUACACCUUAUAUACCAGAAGCUCAUUAUAAAACAUGGCCGGUUGAAGAAACUGAGUUUAUGGGGCUGUUCUGGCUUAGAUGCUUUGUGCUUAAAUUGUCCAGAACUCAAUGAUCUUAAUCUGAAUUCUUGUAAAAACUUGCAUCCAGAGAGAUUACUUCUUCAGUGCCCCAGUUUAGAAAGUGUGGAUGCCUCAGGUUGUCACAAAUUGUUAAUCAGGGCCAUCCAAAGCCAGAUAAAUAGUGUAGGUGCUAUGGAAAACCAUGUACCUAGUAAACGUCUAGCUGAUGGCUCAAAGAGGAUCCGGGUCCCCCAUUUUAUGAUUCAGCAGCCACUUGAUGAUGAUAGGAAGCGGAGGAAGAUAGGAUGUCGUCCUUGCAAUGUGCUUGUGGACUGAAAAUAUGUUUAUUAGAGAUCAUUCUUACUGUAUACAAGAUGCACUCUUGUGCUCGUCAUCAAUUUUCGGGUCAUGUGCCCUGUGAAUCCAGGAUGGCGUGUAAUUGUUCAAAAUGGCAGUUAAUAUCUGCUGCCUUGUAGAAUCGCAUUUACCUCGACACAAAAUUGUUUAGUUUCAAAGAGGACAACACUGAGAGCCUGUGUAUGACUUUGGAGCUGCAUAUCAGAAUAAAAGUUCCAUGUUUCAGUGUAUUUUAUUUUAUUUUUAAGCCGAUAUAAUUCUGUAUCAAAACUGCACUAAAACCAAUAGCUUUUAAGUUGCCGUUUCAUGGCCAUCAUCAAACAUUAAAAGUUUCUUCUCAGAUGCAGCUUUUGCAUGGAGGAAAACUUGAAUUGAAUUAUUGUAUGGGACCCGAGUCCAACGAAAUAAAUAUGUUAAUUAUUAUUAUUA